CGGUGAUGAACGUUUGUCCCUAAAUUUGAUGGUUUUCACUGUCUGUUUCCAAACUUUAAAGAAGUGUUAAUAUGCCAAAUUAUGGCGACUGGAAGCUCAUUUAAUUUUAUUUAGAAAUAAUGUGCUAUGCUAAGGGGCUACUGAUAGGCCAGAGAGCGCGGAGGAGCUCUCCUCUAUCAGGCUAGGCUAGGCCUAUACUACAGUAUAGAAUAGAUAGGUAAGUGGCAAACAGAUUUUACACAGCCAUGGGAGGCCGUGGCCGAGGAAGAGGAAGGGGAUCAGCCUUGUCCUUUACGGCAGAAGUAUUGGGUCUUGGCCGAGGAGGAGACUCCUUACCAACAGCUGUUCUGCAACCUCCGCCACUGUUUCCUCCACUGGAAUAUAAAGCUCUUCCACUUUUGGCUGGUGAGGCAAGGGAGUAUAUGUUGGCCUUAAAGCAGGAAUUCAGAGCGUCAUCCAAAGAUUCACCAUUUUUUAUCAAACCACAAAACAAAAAGAAAGAUAUUGACAGAUACUCUGACAAAUACCAGGCCAGUGGAUUAAACUCAGAUAACACACAAUGGUCACCUGAUUGGUCAAGACUUCCAAAAGAACUUCAAGUAGGAGUCAGAAAGAAAAAACGGAGCAUAAGACCAGCUGUUAAGAAAACCAUUCAAGAUAAAGAAAAGACAAAAGAAAUUGAAAAUAAACUAAAGGAAUUGGAAAAGAGGGAGGAGGAAGGAUCUGGAAAGGAAGAUGAAGAAGAAAAAGAAGAGAAAGAAGGAGAAGCUGUAGAAGAUGAUGAAGAAUUUUAUGAUGAAGAGGAAAUGGAAGAGGGUACAGACUAUAUUGUUAGUUACUUUGACAAUGGAGAGGAAUUCGGUCUUGACGAUGAUGAUAAUUUAGAAGAUGGGCCUGUCUAUUGAAAGAGGUUAAGAUUCCAGGAAUUUGAAUGAUCAGCUGUCACUCAAAUCCAGAUUGACAAGGUGUUGGAAGCAGUAGUGGAUAUAGUAGGCGAAGUAAAGCAUAGCAUCCUCCUCCAAUACAGGAUUGUACUUCCAAGGUCUUUUGGAUCUGUGGAUGUUGUAAUGAGACGUCACAAAAAUAUUUGGAAAGUAUUUGCUAUGGAAGAGAAUAGGCAAUUACCUAAUACAAGGAUAUCAACAACAAUCCUACUUGCAUAUGAGGAUAUGUAAUUACAGCCAAUGAUGGGAUAAAGUUCAGGAUGUUUGCUUGUACAAGGAACAUUGAAAGAAUUGCAGGCCCAUCCAAAUAUUACUUGAUUUUAUUGAACUGUUACUGUAAUGAUAAACAUUGUUUUUCAAAGUAUACUUUGUGAACCUCACUUUUGUAUGAUUGUAAAUACAAAUAUACAGUUUCAAUUACAGUACACUACUGCAUAGCCAUAAAUAUAUUACUUUCAGUUUUAUUAUAGCUUUAAUUAAAAUGUGUGAACUCAUUUAGAUAAAAGUCAGCCAAUAAGUGCAACCAAGUGUGAAAUAAUUUAGAUUGAAAUUGCUCUGGAGCUUUCAAGGAAGCAUCUUCCUCACUAUAUGUAUGAGAAUACCCCCAACCCACCCUUGUGGAUCAUUGGUUUUUGAUUGGCACUAACACCACAUCUUCCUCACUAUAUGUAUGAGAAUACCCCCAACCCACCCUCGUGGAUCAUUGGUUUUUGAUUGGCACUAACACCACAUCUUCCUCACUAUAUGUAUGAGAAUACCCCAACCCACCCUCGUGGAUCAUUGGUUUUUGAUUGGCACUAACACCACAUCUUCCUCACUAUAUGUAUGAGAAUACCCCAACCCACCCUCGUGGAUCAUUGGUUUUUGAUUGGCACUAACACCACAUCUUCCUCACUAUAUGUAUGAGAAUACCCCAACCCACCCUCGUGGAUCAUUGGUUUUUGAUUGGCACUAAGACCACAUCUUCCUCACUAUAUGUAUGAGAAUACCCCAACCCACCCUCAUGGAUCAUUGGUUUUUGAUUGGCACGAACACCACAUUAAUGACAAAUUAAAGCAAUUUAAGAAAUUCUUAUAUUUUCUAAGGCGGCAAUAAUAAUUCAUUAAAAAAAUUAUCAUUUUGAAUGUUAUAUUAUUUAUAACAUGUUACAAUAUUACAAAUAUUUUUUUUUCUCAAAUAUUUGGGAAUGAACUGAGCAUUCAGUAUUUAUAGCACGUAAUAUUUCUCCUGAUGCAAAUGCCAUCAGAAUGUUACAAUAGUGAUAUUUCCAUUAAGUAUAAUGUAUAAAAACUAUGACCAAGCAGAUUUCAUAAUCAAAUCUGAAUAUACACUAAAAUCAAUGAGUUUUUACCACUGAGAAUAAAAUGAGAAAUUACCAGCUGUAGGCCUAUUUCAUUCAAGAUUCAUAAUUUUUAGGAGACACCUGCAAACAGUAUUGUAAAAGAGUUAAUUUAUCUAAUUUCCUACACAAUCAAUAUUCAAAUUUACAUAGUGGGUCAAGGCAAUAUAUUAUUGAGAUUUUUCAAGGAACUUUGGUCUGGUUUUGGCCUAUACCUGCUAUUCAUUUGCUCUAGGUUUUUUUUUUAUGGUGAUUUGAUAUACCCAGUACACAUUUUGCUUAUUGAAGGGGCCACUCAGCUGAUCUGCCGCCUCUUAAGGUAGCCAAUAAGAGUGUUGCUCUAUGUGGGUCUUUGAAUUGAGCAAUUUUACAUUUUGGGUGGCACCGGCAGUAUAAAACAACAUUACAAAUUUAUAGAAAAGAACUUGAAAAAUAAUGCAAUAAAGCCAAGUGGUUUGGUUUUAGUAGUUAAUUCAACAGACUGCUUUUGGGUGGAAAUAUCAAAAACAUUACAAUUCCUAAUUUAUAGAAAAGAAAUUGAAAAAUAAUGCAGUAAGCCAGGUGGUUGGUUUAGUUAUUUGUUUAUUCAACAGACUGAAUCACUAACUAGUAAUUGUAUCGCUGGUUUUCUGUUUUUGAAGGUUGGGUUUAAAGUGUACUGUACCUCCAAUAAUCAUUAUCCAAGGGUCAUUAUUAAUAUGUGAUAUUUUUUAGGGAAGGUAUGUCAUUGCAGUACUCUAGCACCCAGCUAAAAUGCAUAAAAGAUGCAGUGAUGCAGCUCAUUAUAAUGUCAAGUCACUGUGCAAAAGCCUCCCAAAAAUAUAUAUCGAUAUGUGGCAUUGGAAACUAGUAAAUAUACUAUAUACUACAUAAGUUAA